AUGAAUAUCUGGACAAGCCUGUUCUCAGAAAUGUCACUGCUGAUAGCCCAUAAGAUGUCCCGCUUGAUACGGUGCGUCACGACUGCAAAUUACAACACGAGUUUAACUAUUGACAUGAUUCGGAAGUAUCUUGGAAGUGUUGUUGAAGGGAAGCAUGGUUCUGCCCUAGUAUCUCAAAUUUAUGGACACAAAGAUGCGGGAACAUAUCCUAAGGCGUAUUUGUUACAUUGCUCUUCGAUUGAUACAGUCUCGGCCGUCCUGGGAGAAGAAGAUCAGUCACACCAUAUCGAGUACUUCCAAGGCGUUGAGAGGUUUUAUAAACAUGGACUUCCAGGGGAGUUGCCGGCUGAAAUUGAGGCCAGUAUCCUGCAGAAUCCAGAACUGAUCGAAGACGACCGCUGGGUACGAGAGCGACGAGAUCAAAGAAUCCUCAGCAGGGGUAAAGAAGAGCCAGUGAUUAGUGACAACGAUGUUUAUACGCGGGCUCAAUCUUUUAUCAUGCCCGAGAUUGCCCGGAUCUCAGCUUUGAUGUCUUCUGAUAAGGAGCUUUCGUUUAAUGAGAUGCUUCUUUUUGUGGAUGAUCUAAAAUCUCAUUGUGGACGGGAUUUCGAGGUGGCUUAUUCUUAA